GACAAUAUAUAUCAAAAGACAAAAUAAAAAUAUUAAAUACAUAUCACACAUACAAUAAAAUAACAGUUACCUACAGUUGUUCUGAAAAUGCUAUCUGGUUUUACUUAUAUGCCCCACUGCACAAAUGUGUCUGGAUCCUAGCAACGACGGAACCGAUGGCAUCACAUGCACUGUCAGCAACGGCUGAGGGUGGAAUGACUGAUGGUUUGUGUUAACAACCAAAACCUGGUCUUGUAUUGUUUUAUGACCCCAUGUUAAGUCCUUUUUUAUGCCGUGAGGAAUAAAAGAGGGUGUGACUCAAACGUGGUGCGUCAGACAGUACGUUUCCAACGUUUGGCAAACAAACGUGACAGUAAACUCUGACAUUCCUCGGCUACAAGCCCGGCCUCCUCGGCAUAAGAAGCAAACUGACAGCAGCCAGUGGCGGCUCUCGUCAUUAGACAAUUUGCUCUGCUGUGUUUGUCCUCUCAGGUUUCAGGACUCAUCCGGUAUCCUGCAGUUGGUUUUCCUUCAUAGACACUCGGCGUUGAUGCACUCGGUGCAGCUGUGGCAUUCCCCACUGCGCCAUAAAGACAGGCCUCUUAUCGCCCGAAGAAUGAACACAGACAGCCACCAGGAAGUUUCUCCGCAAGACCAGGAGACAGAGUUUGACGGUCCACCUUUGCAAAAGCAGAACAGGAUCGUCUACUUCUCCAGCGGUGAAAGUCUGGAGCUGGAGGACUCUGAAGAAGAUGAGGCAGAGGAGCAGAAGUCACACAGAACCCCUUUUGGAGAGCCAACGGGGAGGGGCCGGGUGUCGUUCAAGAAUGUUGCCAUUCUAGUUGGGAGGAUGUCACUGCUGGCUUGUGAUUUCCUUGGAAAGAGACUGGCCGGCGUUCUUGGGCUGAAUGGAGCCAAAUAUCAAUAUGCAGUAGAUCGAUACUACCGUGAGCAGAAGAUUACAGGUCGUCAUGUGGAGGAGCAGGCAGAGAACACUCACCUUUCCUCUGGGCUAGAAGGGAGUCACUAUGGAGCCACGGGAGGCGCAAGCAGUCCCUCUGAUCCUGGAGAGGGCCGCGAUGACAAACAUGGAGACAAACACAAAGGAUGCCAAAACAGAGCCUAUCAACGUGACGAGGACAACUAGCCAUAAAGCUGAAGAACUGAAAAUAGAGAGAAAUAGAGAAAAAUAGAUUUCGGUUUGAUACUUUAAUUACAGCAAAUGUGUUUUGAGAGAGAGAGACGACACUGAGGAAACCGAUGUAGGUGGCAGAACUGCAUAAAAUACAUUCCUACGGUUCUGGAGACACCAGAGGAAAUGCUGCUGAGUCUAAUGUUUUCUCUGGGUGAAAAGGAGCAAAAGGAAAAAAAAAAUGGUGCAGAUCUACCCCUCCCCAACCUGUUGCUGAGUGCAGCUGGCAACAAUAGGACUACUUCCACUUUUUUUAAUGCAGAAGAAAAAGACAAAUUCAUCAUAUAAAAUUACAAAUAUGAGUAUGUUAAUAGAACCCUCCCGACCCCACUAAGGGACAAGAGUGCAAGAAAAUGGAUGGAUGAGUAUGUUAAUAGCUGACUGUAGGCAGGCUACCUCUGCAGGUUGCCUGACUAAUUAUUCAGCUAAUAUCAGCAUUAUUAUGCACAGUGAGCAUUUUAAACUUCUACUAUAUUUAGCCAGAUUUAUUCUGUAUUUUUGCCUAAGUCUGUAUAUUUAUUGAUUCUCGAGAAGAGGGACAGAACAUGUCUGCUGAAUGAAUACAUACUUUGAAUAAAAUAUAUUCAAAAUAUAACAUCUUCAAAUAACUGAAGGA